AUGGAACAAGACAGUCAAGAUGCUGGCCCUGCUUCGAGUGCGCAAGAAAAUGUUCAUGUGCAGCCCUCAAAGCGCGAAAACUUUGUGUUACGUGAAGAAGGUCGAAGCUUGCUGCCCGUAUCCAGGGUGCAGAGAAUAAUCAAAGCAGAUAAAGAACUCCCUAUUGUUGCGAAAGAAGCAGUAUUUGCCAUUUCAAUUGCUACUGAAGAGUUCAUAAAGCGAAUAGCGGCUGCAUCCCAGCGACAGGCCGAGCGUGAUCAUAGGACUAUAGUGCAGAGAAAGGAUCUCGCCGUUGUCGUGGAGAGGGCUGACGAGUUCUUCUUCUUGGAAGACCUUCUGACGUGGACGCAAGAAGAGAAACCGCAGGCCACUAAGAAGUCGAGUAAGACUGCAAAAGAGGCUUCAGGGCCUAAAUCUACUUCCGUAUUACAGGACUUCAUCGGAAACGAGCCGCUCGUUAGCAUACAGCCAGCGGGCUCGUAGUCUGGAUAGUAUGGUUCUUGCACUAUCAGUAGAGUUUGUCUGUGAAUUGGUAACUCGCCUUUAUGCUGCAUGCGGCGCGGGUCAUCAGUGUUAAGAUGUCAGAAGAAGACUUUCGCGGACAGUGGUAAGCGAUGCAUGAUAUGGACACCAUACUAAACACAGGUAUUUGUCUGAUUUUAACAGCGUCUAACUGGCAUCAAGACGCCAGAGAGACCCAAGAUUCUUGAUGCCC